AUGGUGCAGGCGGUCUUCAGCUUCGUCGACGAGGUGGAGAAGCAGAAGCCGUCCUACGUCCGCACCGUCGAGGCGGACAGGUUCGUCACCCACGGCUGCUGGGGCCAUGACAAAUUUGUCGAGGCGGCGGAGCUGGAGCGGUCGGGCCACCUCCGGGACGAUUGCUUCACGGUCAGGUGCGGCAUAAUCGUCAUCGGCGAACCCCGCACGGAGGCCGCUCCGGUCCCCGCCGCUUCCUUCGUCGUGGAGCCGCCGCCAGACUCGUCGGAGCACUUCCGCGCUCUCGUCCUAGGCGGAAAGGGUGCCGAUGUGAGGUUUCUUGUUGGGAGCGAGGUGUUUGCUGCCGCGCACCGGUGCGUGCUCGCUGCACGGUCGCCGGUCUUCGAGGCGCUGCUCUUUGGCCCCAUGAAAGAAGGCACAGCCACAGAGAGCUGCAUACGGAUUGAUGAUACGGUACCUCAGGUGUUUCAGAGCUUGCUGCAUUUCAUUUACACUGAUUCACUGCCAGAGGCCCAAGGGCCAGAUAAGGAGGCCAGCGCCACGAUGACUCGACAUUUGCUAGAAGCCGCGGACAGAUACGGCAUGGGACGGCUCAAACUGAUUUGUGAGGACAUGCUGUGCGGAUAUAUCGAGGUGAACACGGUGGCGACUUCGCUGGCAUAG